CAAACCUACCAGUUUAGUUUUUGCACAACUUCUCUUCGGUCUUGAGCAAAAUGGCCACAGCAACAAAGCUACUGCUAACAGACCUCAUGUCUGGUGUGAACCAUGUCCCCUCAAACUACGUUAGGCCCAUCUCUGACCGGCCAAAUCUCUCUGAUGUUCAGAUAUCAGAUGCCUCCAUUCCUCUCAUUGAUCUCAAGGACCUCCAUGGCCACAACCACUCUAAUAUUAUCAAACAGAUUGGCCUAGCUUGCCAAACUGAUGGUUUCUUUCAGGUGAAAAAUCAUGGGGUGCCAGAGGAAAUGAUCAAAGACAUGUUAAGUAUAGCAAGAGAGUUUUUCAAGUUGCCAGAGAGUGAGAGGUUGAAGAUGUACUCAGAUGACCCUUCGAAGACCACAAGGCUUUCCACUAGUUUCAAUGUCAGGACUGAAAAGCUUUCCAACUGGAGGGACUUUCUGAGACUCCAUUGCUACCCUCUUGAAGACUAUGUCCAAGAAUGGCCUAACAAUCCCCCAUCAUUCAGGGAGCAAGUGGGUGAGUAUUGCACAAGUGUGAGAGGGCUGGUGCUGAGAUUGCUUGGGGCCAUAUCAGAAAGCUUGGGCUUAGAAAAGAACUAUAUUGUUGAGGCAUUAGGCAAGCAAGGCCAGCAUAUGGCUUUGAAUUACUAUCCACCCUGUCCAGAACCAGAGCUUACAUAUGGAUUGCCUGGACAUACAGAUUGUAACCUAAUCACCAUCCUUCUCCAAGAUGAUGUGCCUGGAUUGCAGGUCCUUAGAAAUGGCAAGUGGGUUGCUGUCAACCCCAUUCCCAACACUUUUAUUGUCAAUAUUGGCGAUAUGAUGCAGGUAAUUAGCAAUGAUAAGUACAAAAGUGUGCUGCACAGAGCUGUGGUUAACUGCAACUCUGAGAGAAUAUCAAUUCCAACCUUCUACUGUCCAUCACCUGAUGCAGUGAUUGGGCCAGCCAAGGACCUGAUCAGCCAUGAUCAACCAGCCAUGUACAGGAACUUCACAUAUGCUGAAUACUUUGAGAAAUUCUGGAACAGAGGACUUGCAACUGAGUGCUGCUUAGACUUGUUCAAACCCAAUUGAUGAUCAUGUAUGCGAAUGCUGCAAUUUUAUUAUCACUAGCUUUGUACAACUACCCAACAUGCCCUCAAUAAAAUUUCGCCUUCUUUUUUGGGUUAAUGAGAGUUUAGUACAAUGUGAUUGCACUGGUAAGACUUGUUAGUCCAUGUCCUCUCAAUUUUUCUGUUAGAUCUUCCAUUCAUUGCUUACGUGGCACUUAUGAGUCCCACAUUUUGGUUU